AUGCGCGCCGCGAGCUGGGCGCUGCUUCUGCAGCUGCUCCUGCUGCGGCUGGCCGCGGCGGCUGCUCAGGAGGCCGACUACGACUACGACGUGUCGCAGCAUCAGAACUGCGUGCCGUUAGGCUCCCGCACGGUGGAGAUUCGGUGCAAGUUAGAAGACGAUAGCGUGGCCGUGUGCCGCGGUCGAGACUGGGAGGAAUCAGACGACGUUCCGACGCUGCGCAUAGGCCUCCGCGACGCCGGUGCCGUCUCCUGCGCCUCUCUGUUGACGAUCGAGAGGGGCAGCUACCCAAUCUGUUACGAGCGUCUCAGCUUCCGCAACUUCACCGUUGGCUGGGCUGAAAUUUACUCUGAUGACGUUUCAGAGGACUGGAACCUCGUGGUCGACGUAAACCUGUUGUCUGUUAUUGGGGCCAUGAAACAACUGGAAUACGACAGCUCAUUCGAUGAGUUCUGGAAUUUCACAAACGCAGAGUUCAGUGCUGAGAGUGGCUUCCUGACCGCAGUCACUUUCAAUGAAAAGGUGGUCAAGCCGCGGCCCUGUCUCAUAUCGCUGGGUAACAUCCACAAUUUGGGCGGUACCAGUGUCGAGGAACUGAGUCUUUAUAACAACAAGGUCAGCCCCACAAAUCUCACGUUUGGACCAAUGCCAAAGCUAAGGAUACUGCGUCUUGUCCACUGUUCUUUAUUGGAUUUUCCGGAUGAUGCGCACAUCCAGAUGCCGGCGCUGGAAGAACUGGACCUGGCAGACAACACGCUGUUGACGGUACCGGCGGCCAUUGCGGGUAUGAAGAAGCUGAAAACGCUGAACCUGUCCAGGUCGCGCGUGCAGCGGCUCGCGGGCCAGCUGCCGCAUCUUCCGCAGCUGAUGGAACUCACGCUCCGCAACACGUUCCUGUGCUGCCUGCACCAAGAGCAGGACGCCUUCCAGGGGGUCCCGAAUCUGGUGUUCCUUGACAUCUCGCAGAACCAGCUGACCUCCCUGGGAGCGGCACUGCGUGGACUCCACCACCUGCAAGUCCUCGACGCCUCAGACAACCAGCUGACCGAAUACCCGGAGCUGCAGCUCCAGAGCCAGGUGGCGCUGACUUUUGCUCACAACCGCCUUAGCACUAUACCACACUGCAGCCAGUUUGGAAGUAGCAGCAGCCAUCUGGCGUUGGACCUACACGACAACCAAAUAUCUCACUGGGAUGGAGGUCCUAACAUCCUGAGGUGCGUGGACUCGCUGAACCUGGCGAACAACUCGCUGGCGAAUAUCGACGCGAACAUGCUCGCCAGCCUCGACGUUCUGAAAACUGUGUGGCUGAGCGAGAACCCCCUGCACUGCGACGGGUGCGCGUUUCAGCAGUUUCGCGAGUGGCUGCGGACGACGCAGGUGGAGGUGAGAGCGGUGGGCGUCCCCACAGAGGCGGCGACGUCGCUGCGCUGCGCCACACCCCCAGCCUUCCGGGGCAUGUCUGUGGAGGCGGUGGCGCUGGUCGGCGACCUGGACGAGUGCGCUGCCGACUACUCGGCCGAUUCGAGGCGGCGCGAGCCGCUGCUAGCGGUCGGCCUCUCGCUGGGGGCGGCGCUUCUGGUGCUGCUCUCGGCCGCCGUCGGCGUCUGCUACCGUUACCGCUUCGAGCUCGCCUACAGCGCUCACCUCCUGCGGCUGCGAGCCCGGGCCCGCAGCAGCCGUCGCAAGGGGCGCGGCGUUGCUGACGACGUCUUCCUGUUCGACGCUUUCAUCUUGUACAGCGGGAGCGAUCAGUCGUGGGUGGGGGGCACUCUGGUGCCCCUGCUCGAAGGCCAGCCGGACUACCGCGUCUGUCUGCAUGAGCGAGGACUCGACAGUGGCGCCACCAACCACAACUUAUCUCACCUGAUGGACUGCAGCCGCCACGUCAUCAUCGUGCUGUCCAAGAGCUUCCUCAGCAGCAGGUGGUGCCUAUGGGAGAUGGCCUUGGCGAACCACCGCACGCUGGAUCCAUCGCAGCGUGACUACGUCAUCCUGCUGGAGCUGGAGCCGCUGGAACGCUCGGCGUUGCCGCGGCAGCUGCGCUUCAUAAUGGACACCCGCACCUACCUGGAGUGGCACAAGCCGGGCGACCCGCAGUACGCGGAGCAGGCGUUCCACAGGCUGCAGCAGGCGCUCGGCCCACCUGUCUCUCCCACUCGCAACCCUCGCUGAUGUCUACAUUCGACGAGAGACGGAAGUCUGAGUAAUGGCUCUCGCCAAUGGCCCUAAGUUUUGCCUUCAGAUUUAGCUACAAUAAAAUUCCCCAGUCUGUACUGCUGCAUCGCUGUGUCAAACACGCCCACAUUUCAGCCACUACAGCAGUUUGCACAAGUAAUAAUGACGUUUCGCAGCACUGAUUAACUGUCGGUAAAUCUCACAACACACGCCAUGUAAUUUUA